UUUCUCCACCUCCAGGUCGCGCGCGGUUUGUUGUGUCGGCUGGGGCCGCGUGAGCUGGAGACCUCCGCGCUGGCCCCCAGGAGCCUCCUGCCCUGGCUCAUUGCUGCGGCUCUGCCGCGGCGGCAGAAUGGGUGGCCCCCGAGGCGCGGGCUGGGUGGCGGCGGGCCUGCUCCUCGGCGCGGGCGCCUGCUACUGCAUUUACAGACUGACCCGGGGUCGGCGGCGGGGCGACCGCGAGCUCGGGAUGCGCCCUUCCAAGUCUGCAGAAGACUUAACUGAUGGUUCAUAUGAUGAUGUUCUAAAUGCUGCACAACUUCAGAAACUCCUUUACCUCCUGGAGUCGACUGAGGAUCCUGUAAUUAUUGAAAGAGCUUUGAUUACUUUGGGUAACAAUGCAGCCUUUUCAGUUAACCAAGCUAUUAUUCGUGAAUUGGGUGGUAUUCCAAUUGUUGGAAACAAAAUCAACCAUUCCAACCAGAGUAUUAAAGAGAAAGCUUUAAAUGCACUAAAUAACCUGAGUGUGAAUGUUGAAAAUCAAAUCAAGAUAAAGAUAUACAUCAAUCAAGUCUGUGAGGAUGUCUUCUCUGGUCCUCUGAACUCUGCUGUGCAGCUGGCCGGACUGAGAUUGUUGACAAACAUGACUGUUACCAAUGACCACCAGCACAUGCUUCACAGUUACAUUACAGACCUGUUCCAGGUGUUACUUACUGGAAAUGGAAACACGAAGGUGCAAGUUUUGAAACUGCUUUUGAAUUUGUCUGAAAAUCCAGCCAUGACAGAAGGACUUCUUCGUGCCCAAGUGGAUUCGUCAUUCCUUUCCCUUUAUGACAGCCACGUAGCAAAGGAGAUUCUUCUUCGAGUACUUACACUAUUUCAGAAUAUAAAUAACUGCCUCAAAAUAGAAGGCCGUUUAGCUGUGCAGCCUACUUUCACUGAAGGUUCACUGUUUUUCCUGUUACAUGGAGAAGAAUGUACCCAGAAAAUAAAAGCUUUAGUUGACCACCAUGAUGCAGAGGUGAAGGAAAAGGUUUUAACAAUAAUACCCAAAAUCUGAUUGGUCAUAUUUUUCCAAAGAGUAAUGCAGUCUGGAUGUAAACGUAUUUUCUAUCUUCCUCGUAAGGGGAUUCUUCCAGCUGCUGCAUUUAAACAGUAAAUAUCACAUUUCGUCAUUAACACAGCUAUAACUUGCCAUGCUUCUAGAUUUAUUUUGGACUGUUUUGAUACCAAGUGAGUAUAAGAGCUUGUACUGAAA